AUGUUGACGCGGCGGCGCGCACGUCAAACUCGAAACUCGCACGGGGGCACGGCCGUCAAUCGCGAGAUACCGACGCCGGACGCCCCCUCUCUACCCGCCCUCCGCGGGUGGAGAAGCGCUGUGCCGCGCCGGUAUUAUUGUUUGUUUUUCCUAAUUCGUUCCGUAACAUAAUAAACGCGUGUGCGUGCGCGCGCCACCGCAUUUAUCCCGCAGACAUAAUGAUUGUGCAAUAAAUACAAGACAACCCUACCGCGCGCGCGCGCGCGGGGGGGGGGGGGGAGGGCAGUAUAUAACAAUAUAGGUGUAUAAUAUAUAUUACGUGUGUACGACCGUCGUUUGGACGCGCAGGGGCGGCGGCGGCGCGGUGUGACUGCGAUGCCGCCGGCGGCGUUUGCGGCGGCGGUCGCGAAUAUUGUCGUCGUCGUCGUCGUAAUAUUGGGCGUGGCCGCGCGCGCAAUAUAAAAGCCAUCUAUUCCGGUUUAUUAACCGCCCGGCGAAUCCAGCGAUCCGGCACAACCGGAACACACAGAUUCCCGUUGGCAAUUUGCCACCGUUGCCGGCACGCUAUUAUUAUUAUCGUCGUCGUCGUCGCCGCCGCCGCCGCCGCCGCCGCACAGGACGUAAUGUUAUGCCCGUCGCGCGCCGAUUUCUUACAUAACAAUAUUAUUAUUAUCUAAUGUGGGGUACCUGGCAUAAUGACGACGGUAUACACUCGUGUACGUAUAGCGCGCCCGUGCGCGCGUUAUUUUGUGUUUCGGCGGGACGUUUGUCACCGCGACACCGGGCGCCGAGGGGACAGCGCGCCCCACGCGAUAUCCGUUCGUCACGGCCGUCUUCGGGAUCGCCCCGCGGCGACCACCGCGUGCGACGGCCGCGUUGAACGUGUUCGAACCGGACGCUGGCGUCCGAGUUCCGUCCCAAUAA